CUGUAAAGGAAGAAGACUGAGCACGUUCGUGAAGAGUGGACCGUAAUGGAGGCAGUGAGCUCUAGCACUAAAAUAGUUAUAAUAGGAUGCGGGAUAUCCGGAAUAUCUGCGGCUCACAGGCUUAUUAAAGCUGGGUUUCACAAUGUGCGGGUACUGGAGGCGACUGCGAGGAGCGGAGGAAGAAUAAAAACCGGAGCCUUAGGUGAUAGGAUAGUUGAAAUUGGGGCAAACUGGAUCCAUGGACCAUGCAAGGAGAACCCAGUGUUUUGUUUGGCCCAGCAGUACGGACUCCUGGACCCAGAGGCCCUCACCCCAGAAAACCAGGCCAUGGACAUCGGAGGACACCCCCCCUGGGUUCCCAACUUCUUCAGCAGUUCAGGUCAGAAGCUUAAUGCUGUGGACGUCUAUCCAGCUAUGGAGAUGUUUGCUGAGCUGCUGAAUGAAGGUUCAGAAUUUCAGAAUCAAGGGGGAGAACCCUGCUCCAGUGUGGGAGAUUUCAUCCGGUCAGAGGUGCAACAACGAUCAGAAGAGAAAUGGAAAGAUAUCGAUGCAAACACCAGAUCUCUACAGCUGUGUAUGAUCAGCAACAUGCUGAAGGUGGAGUGCUGCGUUAACGGGGCCCAUAGCUUGGAUGAGGUGGGCCUGGGGGCCUUUGGCCUUUAUAAGACUCUUCCUGGACUGGACUGUAUAUUCCCAGGAGGCUACGAAGGUCUAAUCAAAAACUUGAUAUCAGAGCUUCCCGGUGGUUUAGUGACCUACAGUCGACCUGUGGGCUGUGUCCACUGGAGCAACUCGGAGAAGAGAAAAAACCCUGUUGUAGUUGAGUGUGAUGAUGGGGAGAAGAUCACUGCUGACCAUGUUAUUGUCACAGUACCUCUAGGAUACCUGAAGAAGAACCAUUCAACUCUGUUUUGUCCUCCACUCCCACUGCACAAGCUGCACUCCAUCCAGAGACUGGGUUUUGGUACAAACAAUAAAAUAUUUGUGGAGUUUGAUUCUCCGUGGUGGGACGCUGACUGUGAGGUCAUCUACCUUAUAUGGGAAGAUGAGGAAGCUGUUGUGGACCAGGUGCCAGACGUUCAGGGAUCCUGGAUAAAGAAGCUGUUUGGCUUCACUGUGCUGAAACCCACUGAAAGGUAUGGACAUGUUCUCUGUGGCUGGAUAGCUGGACAUGAGUCAGAGUACAUGGAGACACUGUCUGAACAACAGGUCACACAUGCCGUCACACAACUCAUCCGUAGGUUUACAGGGAACCCGACCAUCACCCCGAGGAGAGUCCUGCGCUCCCAGUGGUUUCAUGACCCCUGGACAUGCGGCUCCUACAGUUACCCUGGAAAAGGCUGUUCGGAGCAGGACCUGGAGAACAUGAUGGAGCCCCUACCUGCGAAGGGAUCACAGUCAAAACCCCUGCAGGUGCUGUUCGCUGGAGAGGCUACUCAUCCCUGCUACUACUCCACCGUCCAUGGAGCUCUUCUCAGUGGUUGGAGAGAAGCUGAUCGGCUCAUCUCUCACUACUCCUCCGUCAGUGAGCCGCUCAAGUCCAAGCUUUAAAAGUACAAUGCUGCAUUGAUGAGAAGAGAUUCAACAGAUUUGUCUUUGACUUAGUCAAACACUGAUGUCACAGUUGAUUGUGAGGACUGUGUGAAAAGCUGCGGUUUGUAUAAAUCAGUCACUUUAAAAACUGGAAAGUCCCAGAGAAUGUUAUGAAGUAAUGAACUUUGUAAGGACACACUUAGAAAUCUGAUUUGUACUAAUGCUGUCAAGGAAUCAGUAGGGAUUUUGUAACUUCAUUGUCUGAUGAUUUCAUUUAAACAUUUCUGUUGUCAAUGAGUAUAUCAGUAAUCACAUUUAUGUGCAGAACAUUGGAUAAAACUCAAUUUAGCUUACUUAGAAGUUCAUCUAGUCAUUGAAUUGAUUCAUUAACACAUUGCUUUACCAUUUGCAUUACGUUUGCUCCUCACAUUACAGUUCAUUCUUAAUGAUAUGGUGAAAUGUACCAUAUAGAAAAUUGUUGACGAACAUGAAUGAAUUAUUGUUUGAAAUAAUAUAUCAUUAAAAUUACAAGCCAAAGCUGUGAAGUAGGAAACUUACACAAACAUCCCAAAAAUUCCAUGUCAUAAGAAGAAGGGAGCAAAGUCAGAAUCAUGUGUAUGUGAAUUUCAGAAAGUGAAACCUACUCCGACUUGUUAAAAACAUUUGACAUGUGUGUAUUGACGGUGUAAGCAUGCAGCUAAGAGCAGCAACGUGUAUGCUGAGACACAGACUGUAGAACAUUGUCGCCUUAUAUUUUAUUAAGAGUUAGUGAGGCAUGUGAUGUAAUUUUCAUGUUAUAUAAUUAUAUCAAGAGUAUUCUGCAGGAAGAAAAACACUCAGUGGCAACUCAGAAGGUAUAGAUGAGAGUGUGAAUGUGGUCUGUAAUUUAUUUUGAGAUUCUGAGGUUGAGCUCUGUCUUUGUCUAAGAACACAGGAGGUAAAUAAAAGAAGAAAAACUA